AUGGUUGUGUCCUUGAACGUCCUGCGGGAGCGUGUGGCUCUUCGGGAUGCAGCGCUGGAGUCUGGCGUGUUGGCGGACCUGCGCCAGGCGUUGCUCUUCGGGAUGCAGAUGAUGUUUGCGUACUUUGCGAUGCUUCUGGUGAUGCUGUACGAGCCACUGAUCUUCAGCUGCCUCAUCCUGGGCUUCGGGGUGUCCACUUUUGUGGUGCAGCGCCGCAAGCGCAAGGCCUGCCGCUGUCCAACGCGGGACCUCGCGCUGGACCGGAGCGCGCUGCUGCUGCACUGA